GUGUUUGUACUUCGUAGUGUUUGAUUUGAAGCGCGUUCUUCUUUUUCAGUGUCCGCUGCUGCAGAGUGAAGAAGGCAAAGAAGAGAAAUGGAGAAGAUGAAAAUAGAAGAGGUUCAGUCAACAACGAAGAAGCAGCGUGUUGCCACGCACACCCACAUUAAAGGCCUAGGUCUCGAGGCGAGUGGAAAAGCGUUGCCUUUUGCUGCAGGGUUUGUGGGUCAAGUUGAGGCAAGAGAAGCAUCAGGUCUCGUCGUCGACAUGAUACGGCAGAAGAAAAUGGCCGGCCGGGCACUUCUUUUCGCCGGACCGCCCGGAACCGGCAAGACUGCAUUAGCCCUCGGAAUAAGCCAGGAGCUUGGCACCAAGGUUCCAUUUUGCCCUAUGGUUGGCUCUGAAGUUUACUCCUCCGAAGUCAAGAAGACUGAGGUUCUCAUGGAAAAUAUUAGGCGGGCUAUUGGUCUGCGAAUCAAGGAAAACAAGGAAGUAUAUGAAGGAGAGGUCACCGAGCUCUCUCCGGAAGAAACCGAGAGUGUGACGGGUGGUUAUGGUAAAAGUAUUAGCCAUGUGAUUAUUGGGUUGAAGACGGUGAAAGGAACCAAGCAACUUAAGUUGGAUCCCACCAUAUAUGAUGCCUUGAUUAAGGAAAAGGUAGCUGUUGGGGAUGUUAUAUACAUUGAAGCAAAUAGUGGGGCUGUAAAAAGGGUUGGUCGAAGUGAUGCUUUUGCUACAGAGUUUGACCUUGAAGCAGAAGAGUAUGUUCCACUUCCUAAGGGAGAGGUUCACAAGAAAAAGGAGAUUGUUCAGGAUGUAACCCUACAUGAUCUGGAUGCUGCCAAUGCACGACCUCAAGGGGGACAAGAUAUUCUGUCUCUUAUGGGUCAGAUGAUGAAACCCAGGAAAACAGAAAUCACUGACAAGUUGAGACAAGAAAUUAACAAGGUUGUCAACCGAUAUAUUGAUGAAGGUGUGGCUGAGCUUGUCCCUGGAGUUCUAUUUAUUGAUGAGGUUCAUAUGCUAGAUAUGGAGUGUUUUUCAUAUUUGAAUCGUGCUUUAGAGAGCUCCCUAUCUCCAAUAGUAAUUUUUGCUACUAAUAGAGGAAUAUGCAAUGUAAGAGGGACUGAUAUGACCAGUCCUCACGGCAUACCUGUUGACCUGUUGGAUCGUUUGGUGAUCAUUCGAUUGCAUUCUUGUAGCCAAACGUAUGGUCCUGCUGAAAUGAUACAGAUUCUAGCCAUUCGUGCUCAAGUUGAGGAAUUAGUUGUGGAUGAGGAAAGUUUAGCUUUCCUUGGGGAGAUUGGACAACGGUCUUCUUUAAGGCAUGCAGUUCAGCUGUUAUCACCUGCCAGCAUUGUUGCAAAAAUGAAUGGCCGAGACAACAUCUGCAAGGCGGAUCUUGAUGAAGUUUGUUCGCUAUAUUUGGAUGCCAAAUCAUCGGCCAAGUUACUUCAAGAGCAGCAGGAGAAAUACAUUUCAUAAUAUUAUUUUCAAACUGUUGCAAUGGCUGGUGUGAUAGGGUUUGAAUUGCAACUGAUUUUCUUGUUGCUUCUCUACUGCUCCUGCAUGAUCGAGAUAAUUGGUUCAAAGAAUACAUCUGAAUAUUAUCGAUGGUAGCAAGAACAUGGGAUAAAGAACUUCUUGGUUCGUUGGAUAACAGUGACAUGGUUAAAGUGUGCUACAAUUUGUUGCUGAAUUCAUUGUAGGAUUAUUUUUCAUGACAUUUUGACGACUGAAAACGAAAAGGCAACAUGGAGAUGUAAUGAGGCUGUUUGUUUCCCAUAUAUGUUAUCGUUUUUUUUUUUUUUUUGCUUUUAAAUUUAGUUCUGUUGAUAAUGGACUUUAUCCCUCUAUUCUACAACUUUCUAAUUUAUGUAGGUUUAAUA